GCAAGUUUUAUGUCCACCGAUGUAUCUAGACGUCGGUUAUCAUCACAAGAAAUGGCAAUUAUCCAACCGUUCAUUGAAAGGAAUACUGAUGUCCAUGAAAUCAUGGAUCUAGCAUAUGAGAAGUUCGGAAAAGCGCUCCUGUAUAACGAUAUUAAAAACAUGCGGGCUAAGAUAAAUAAACGUAAGUCCUAUCAAAAUAAAUGGUGCAGUAGAAUAGAAAUUGGUUGUUUGGAAGAGCUGCUUCAUCGACUGAGGCAGACAGGUCCAGUUAAAGUUUUGCAGGACAACGCAGGCUUUGUAUCUAAAAUCAUUUUUGCUCGUAAUGAUAUGAUAGACGUGUAUCAUAAGUUUCCAGAAGUAGUUGGAAUCGAUUGUACUUACAAAACGAAUAAGAUGGGGUAAGUUUCAGUACA